GCAAGGAAUGGGAAUCCGCUUCAGGAGCAAAUCCUUGUAAAGACGGAGACUUAAAGGAGGCAGCGGUCACUGUGCGUCAGCAGCUUCCAACACGCAAAGAUUUAAGAUGAUUGGCAGUCAGCUGACAGCACAAAGGAGGCCAAUGAGGACUCUUUCGGAAGACCAAAGCCUACAGAAGACCAGCACCUACAUCGUUCCCUGCUUCCUCUUUGUGGAGCUGGUCAUUAUGGCAGGGACCGUUCUAUUGGCGUACUACUUUGAGUACACGGACACCUUCCCCGUGCACAUCCAGGGCUUCUUCUGCUUCGACAAAGCCUACUCCAAGCCGUACCCGGGUCCUGAGGACAACAGCAAGGCGCCACCCGUCCUCGUCUACUCCCUCGUCACCGCCAUCCCCACUGUGACAAUUCUGAUCGGGGAAGUGACCAGCUUCUUUGUGAAGGCGGAGGGAGCUCAAGAGAAGACCAUAGUGACCGCCGACUGCUGCUAUUUCAACCCUCUCCUUCGCAGGAUCGUACGUUUUCUAGGUGUCUACUCCUUUGGCCUCUUCACCACCACCAUCUUUGCCAAUGCAGGUCAAGUGGUGACAGGAAACCAGACACCUCAUUUCCUUACAGCAUGCAAGCCAAACUACACCGCUCUGGGCUGCCAAUCUCCUCUGCAGUACAUCACAGAGCACCGCGCCUGCACAGGAAACCCAUACCUGGUGGCGUCUGCUCGCAAAUCCUUCCCCUCCAAAGAUGCAGCACUCAGCUUUUAUUCAGCCGUCUACACAGUGAUGUAUGUGACCCUGGUGUUUCGCACCAAAGGGACACGCCUGACCAAACCCACCCUGUGCCUGGUGUUGCUGUCUCUGGCCGUGCUGGUGGGGGUAAUGAGGGUGACUGAACACAGAAACCACUGGAACGACGUCCUGGCCGGGUUUGUCACUGGAGGAGCCAUUGCUGCCUUCCUGGUUUCAUGUGUGGUCAACAAUUUCCAACCAACACAGAUUGCCAUGCCAGCUUCUCCACCUCCACAGCGUCCAGAGCCCUCCAUGGGGCUACCCCUCCUUACCCUGCCCCGUGUGGAGAGUCCACUCGAAAAGUUAAGUGGCGUCCAGGCUCCAGGGCUACCGUAUUCUGAGAUCACAUGACCAUCAGCCAAUCCCAUCUCCCACCCCUCCCGAUGUGCUCCUCCCCUCGCGGCGUUGCCUAACCAGCGCAGUUUAGACCUGCCCAUUGAAGUCCCCCCGCCUUGCCCUGCUCACCCUGAAGGACGAAAUCCUCUCCGACGAGUCAAAUCCACCCAGGUCUGAAGGCUCAACCAAUCACAGGAGGCAGAACAGGAACACUUGCACAUGGCGUGCAUGGCUGAAACCUGUCAUAUGCUACGGACGAAUGGGACAUGGAAACAUGUCUUACUGUCCGCUUCCAUCCUGUUUAUCCUCCAAUAUGGCCUCCUCUCUCUCUCUUUCAGGUGAAAAGACCCAAUGAACGACUCAAGAAAGCCAGAGCUAUUGAAGCAAUACUGUGUCCUGUUUCCUUCUCCUGUUGUCCAAAAAAGACCAAACGGUGACUUUAAAGACUGUUGGCUGGUGAUGACUUGAUAAAACUUUUGAUCCAUUCAAAAACUCAGCAGCAGUGUGGGUUUUUUAAUGAUCAAAAAAAAAAUACCAAUCACUGGAUCGUCCUCAAAAGACCCUUUUUUAACACUCAGGACAAUAAAAUGAGGGAAAACGACUGGAUUAAAAACAAAGACUAUAUCAUCUAAAUGUAGGUACUGUCGAGCAUUAUAGUACAGAUUUUUUUCUGUCCUCGAAACUAACAAGAGAAGCCGUCAGAGAAGAAAGCACUUUUGGGAUAAAUAGCACAGAAGAACCUUUUAAGUGUUCAGUAAACUGUGUUUGUAUCUAAUUUGUUUAGAGCGCUAUGGGUUUAAUCUUGCUGUAUAUUGUGUGAAGUGGCAAAAGAGAGAUUUAUACACACAGGAGCUGUGCUUGUGACACAAAAUUGUUUUGGGGGCGUCAGUUAAUUCAUCCCUGAAGUGAAGUGAAAUACAUUUCCAUAUAUUCAAUAUUCAGGUGUGUGUUCAUAAAUGUCUGUAGGUUUGAUUCCAUGCUGUGAAAUAUUCUGAAAGUUUUAUCGUUUCAUUUACAACUUAUUCCCAUUUGGAGUUUAACUGUUCAGUCACAUUGAAGUUUUACUUUGUCUUUUAUUUUAAGCCUUUGAAACCUUUUAUCUUUUUUUUUUUCUUUACAUUUAAAUCAGAGUUUUUAUGUCUUUGUUAAUUGUGCUUUUAAAAAAAUGUUACACAAUGUUAUACUAACUUAGUCAUAUGGUGGCCAUUCCCCUCUGAUGUCAUGCAGGAGGCUCAAAUGCUGUUAUAAUGUGGAGCUACUGUGUUCCUCUAUAGUAUCAUAUACAGUAGGACCAGUAUGCUAUGCUAUGACAUGUGGUACGAUGCAAUGUGAUGUAAUGCGGUAUGAUAUGAUACGAUAAGAUUCAGUAUGAUCCGAUACAAUAUGAUUGGAUAUAAAACGAUACGAUAUGAUACAAUUCAA